AUGAUAUCGCCUCUCAUAAGUCCCAAACCACUAAAACUGAACGGGGCCCACGUCGUGGUAAGUGCAUCAGACCGCUAACGGAAACUACUUUGACAGUAAAGCUGUUUACUUUACCUGACGUGUACUUAUUACUUCAAAUAUAAAGCUUCAAAUGUCCUGUCUGACUAAGGGUUUUUGACUGAGUCAUUUUAAAGCCAUCCAGAUGUUAUAGAUAUUGAAGAAAUAUCGAGUUUCGACGUCUUAACGGCAUUUUAUGUUAAUUAUAAAUACUGACACGCCCACGUACUGAAUGUUAAAGUAUCUCAUGACCAAAGCUAACUUCAGGGCCUCACUAGUCUGUGGAGGUUAGUCGUGUUUUCUAGGAUGAACUACGCAGUCUAUCUCAGCUGUCUGGCUUACUACCAUGAAUGUAGUAUUACAUAUAUAUGUAUAUAUUUUUUUUAAUUUGGAGAUUCUUUAACAAUUACAACGUCAACGUAGCCUUAGUAAAUUUUAGGAUUAUCCCCUUUUGUAGCAGACUACAUUACUAGUAGAGCGGCAGAAUUAUGCGCAAAAUUAUAUUCAUGGUCAUAAUUGAGAGACCGCUUUUUGACACAUGUAUUAAUUAAUUUCAGAGACAGCUUUUGUCCUUGUUUCUCGUUUGUUUUAAAAACAAAUGUCCUCUAUCAAACCUUCUGCUGGUGCUGAACUGGGAUGAUACAGUUAAACAAAGAUGAACAUUAAUGCUGCAGCUUUGCUCCUCAUGCUCACUCCAUCCCUCUGCUUCACUAACACACACUAGGUCAUUUUGCUCUUUAUCUUUUCUGAUGCAGAUAUUUUUCUGCACUCUUUGUCACUAGCUGCAGGUUAUUCACAUAAACGUGAUUGUGGGAUGGCUAAAAUUGCGAUUUUGCAGGUUUAUUACAGUUUAUUAUAUUUACUGUCAACUGUAUGCAUGUGGUAAUAAGGUCAUUUCAUAGUGCGUCUUCACACAUCAACAUCUUCCCUUCUGAUAAAUGAUGACCUUACACUUUCAAAUUUCCAGGUGACAGGAGGCUCAAGUGGGAUUGGCAAAAGCAUUGCGGUUGAGUGUUACAGGCAAGGAGCAUUUAUCACUCUGGUGGCACGAGAUGAGGUCAGUAUAAACCACUUUCAUCCAACCAUUAGCUUGAGAAAUUUGCUCCUGUUCGCAAAAUCUGCAUUACAUGCUGUUGAGCUACUUGUGUGGAUAUUGUAUGUAAUUGCUAUAAAACAUGGUGCCUUCAAAAAUGUCUGCAGAAUUUUUUGAACAUCUGUUUUUUUGUCAAAACCUUUUCUUUUACUUGUAGUCUAAACUGCUGCAGGCGAAGAAGGAGGUGGAGAAACACGCCAUUAAUGACAAGCAGGUAUGAGUUUAGUGUAAAGUCAGUUUCUCUCAGAUACUGUUUUUGAAUAUUAAGACUGUAUACAUGACUAUACACAUGAUCACAGUUGACAGUGUACGUUUUUUUUUAAUUCAGGUGGUUCUGUGCAUAUCAGUGGAUGUUUCCAGCGAAUACAGCCAAGUGGAAAGUGUGAUAAAACAGGUAAGGUUACCCUCAGAGCAACAGUGGAACACCUCAGACUCCUUUUAAUUAUUCAGAACUGAAACACUCAUGUGGCUUUUCCCUAUUGUGCAGGCUCAAGAGAAGCUGGGACCUGUUGAUAUGCUGGUGAACUGUGCUGGAACUUCUUUUUCUGGAAAGUUUGAGGAUGUGGAAGUUGACCGUUUUAAGGUAGGUACCCCUGGGUGUAACAUAAACACAGCCUCAAGUCUGUUUUAUACUUAGAUAUUGAGCUUAUAAACGAGCACCCCUUCUGAGAAUAUACUUGAUUAUUAUUUUUAUCAGAGUAUGUGUGAGCUUUGCAAUUAUCUCCAACAGAAACUGAUGGAAGUGAACUACCUGGGUAGCGUUUACCCAACACGGGCCGUCAUAACCACCAUGAAGGAGAGAAGAAUGGGCCGCAUCAUGUUUGUGUCAUCCCAGGCAGGUCAGAUUGGCCUGUUUGGAUAUACCGCCUACUCCCCAUCCAAAUUUGCCCUACGUGGUUUGGCAGAGUCCCUGCAGAUGGAGGUGAGGUUUAUUAUAUUUUUAUAUAUGCUUUUUUGUUAAAUCCUUGCCAGAAUAUGUUACCUACUAACAGAGUGGGUGGAACAACUUUUUGCUCAGUGAGUGUUGCUCUUCUUCAACUCCAGAUAAAGCCUUACAACAUCUACGUGACUGUGGCUUACCCCCCUGACACUGACACUCCGGGAUUAGCCGAGGAAAACAAGACAAAGGUAAAACCUGUUUUAAUCACAAAAAAAUAUCCUAUCUUUCUAUUGACUUUCCCAUUUUGAGUACCAUUAAUCUUUGUUGCGUCGCUUCUAGCCGCUGGAGACCAAGUUGAUCUCUGAGACAUCUGGAGUUUGCCAACCAGACCAGGUGGCCAAAAUCAUUGUUAGAGAUGCUGUGGUAAGAACCCUUGAUGCUUUAUUUUCCACAGUUCUAAAGAACAAGGGAAUGAUUUCAGAGUAUGAUUCAUAGUGUAUUGAAAAAAAUUUCACUCCACUUUGUAGCAGGGGAACUUCAACAGCUCUGUGGGACCUGAUGGGUACAUGCUGUCAGCUCUCACCUGUGGAAUGUCACCUGUCACCUCCAUCACAGAAGGCCUGCAGCAGGUAGAGAGAGAACUCAUCACUUUGUCUCAUAGGUUAAAAAAAAAAAAAAAAAGUUUUGAUGUGCAGUUUUCGAAACUCCAACUGUUCUCUGUGCAGAUCGUUACCAUGGGGUUAUUCCGAACCAUCGCGCUCUUCUACCUUGGGAGUUUUGACAGCAUCGUGCGCCGCUGCAUGAUUCAGAGGGAGCAGUCGAAAGCAGCCGACAAGAGGGAGUAA